AUGGGGGCCUUGAAUGGGGAGAACACACCUGGGCAGGUAGAGCUGCACUCUCCGGACGCCAAGCACACGGUGGUGUUACGGUGUAAAGACACAGCCUCGGCCCAGGCCUGGUUCGAGGUCAUGCAGUCGGCGACCUCUAACCUCAUCAACAAGGUCAUCACAGAGGUCAAAGAGCACACGGGAAGAACAGGAAUCGCAGGGAGCAGAGAGAUCAGACACCUGGGCUGGCUGGCUGAGAAGACAGAGAAUGAGAAGCAGCAGUGGAAGCCAGUGCUGGUGAUGGUGACAGAGAAAGACCUGCUCCUCUAUCACAGCCUUCCACGCAUGAAGGCUUCCUGGCACAGCCCUGCACACACAUACCCACUGUUAGCUACACGGCUGGUGCACUCUGGUCCCGACCGAGGCUCUCCCCAGCCGGGCGUGGAGCUGUCCUUCGCCACACGUACGGGAACCAGACUGGGCAUCGAGGCCCACCUGUUCAGAGCUGAGACCUGUCAGGACCUUUCACUGUGGACCAGGCACAUCGUUACGGGCUGUCACUCCUCUGCCCAGAUGAUCAAAGAAGUCACUACCAGCUGUGUGUACAAGGGCCAGGAGUGCAGGCUGGUGAUCCACUACGAGCAGGGCUUCUCUGUCCUGGCUGAGCAGAAGGGGGAGGACCAGGUGGACCAGGGGAACCAGAACCAAGCCAAACCUCUCCUCUGCUACCCCUUCGAACGCCUCAAGAUGUCCUCCGACGACGGGGUCAGGAUGCUCUUCCUGGAUUUCAGUGGAAAAGAGGGUGAAGUUCAGCUGGACCUCCACUCGUGCCCAAAGCCUAUCGUCUUCAUCCUCCACUCAUUCCUCUCGGCAAAGAUCGCCAGACUCGGCCUGGUAGCAUAAAGGUUCUGUUUACCACCAACGGACCACAAGGACUGAACUGUUCCAGACUUCUAGAGUGGAGUGUCCCGGAGUUCCACAGUGGAGUGUACAGAACAGAGGAGGACAUGGCUGAUAACUGAACUACGAGAACAAGGACUGUGAUGUGCAGUGAACUAGACACAGGAUCUACCCUGAUUCAAAGUCCACACAAACAGCUCAAAAUGAAUGGAUCAUGUUUCAAAAAACUUGAAUGAGUUGUUUUGUGUAUUUAUAGAAACACAUGCAUUACCGAUGACAUCAUAGUGAGAGAUUAGUUACAACAGAAGAAAUUGUUUUGUUCAAAUCGUCGUUAAGCUGUACAAGAACAAUAAUCUAUUGUGUUGGUACUAAAAACAUACUGGAAAUAUUAUCUAUCUAGCAUCCAUCCAUCCUACGCUAAUUGUUUAUUCGGCAAUCUCUGUCCGCAAAUAAUUCAGCGAUUACUGUUAACUUAAAUGAAAAAGUUACGGUGAAAAAGAUUGUAAAGGCUGCUUGAAAAUGUAAAUUGUCCUACGCCUUUGGCAGCUAUUAUAAUUCAAGGCUUAGUUUUAUUUUAACUCUGUUAAUGAUGCACAUAAAUUACAUAUUUCUGGA